AAAGCUUCUGACAAUCAGAUCCAUCAAAUAAAUGUUGAGAUUGUUAAACAAUCUGUCACUGUUAAAACCAUGUUAGAAGAUUUGGGAAUGGAUGAGGAUGAAGAUGAACCUGUUCCACUACCUAAUGUUAAUGCUGCUAUAUUAAAGAAGGUAAUUCAAUGGUGUACCUUCCAUCGGGAUGACCCUCCACCACCUGAAGAUGAUGAAAACAAAGAAAAAAGAACAGAUGAUGUUUGCUCCUGGGAUACAGAAUUUCUUAAAGUUGACCAGGGCACCUUGUUUGAGUUGAUUUUGGCUGACAACUACUUAGAUAUCAAAGGCUUGCUUGAUGUAAUAAACUAUUAG